AUGACCUCGUUUCUCCUCCGUCCUGUCAAGCAUCAUAUAACCUCCUUUUCUAAUCUCCCUCCGCUGAUGCCCGGUGGAGUUGCAGCGAUCAUCUGCAAUCGAGAGAUAAUCUGCCAAGAACGCAACUCAAAGACCCGACUCGACGCAUUUCAGCCUUUGCUAGGAGAGGCUUCCAGGUAUCUCGAGGAGGUUAUAUCCUGCAACAGCAUCCGAAGACUCGUCAUUACCUCGCAUGCAUCCUUUUAUCUCCAGCGCCACAGCAUCCUUAGGCGGGAUAAACGGCCCUCGGAAAGCAAGAUCUCAUCUCCCUUUGGCUCUGCAGCAUCAGAGCAUCCCGGAGACGGCAUCUUUGUUGCAGCGUGGAGGCCCCUGAGGCUGAAGUCGGUGACGGUCCCUUCACACCAGAUCACCGGCGCUUCGGUCGAGCUCGAGUGUAACUAUGAGCUCGAGGACGACGUCUUGUACUCGGUCAAGUGGUACCGGGGAGAGAACGAGUUUUUUCGCUACGUCCCCGCCGACAGCCACCCGAUGCAGGUGUUCGAUCUCCCGGGCGUCUCUGUGGAUACCGCCCUAAGUGACUCCCGCAAAGUGACUCUGAGGACCGUGAGUCUCCAGUCGUCAGGGAAGUACAAGUGUGAGGUCUCUGCGGAUAUGCCGUCCUUCCACACCGAGUCCCGGAGCUCCGAGAUGCUCGUUGUGGACCUGCCCGAUGAAGUCCCAACGAUUAGCGGCGGACAAGCCAAGUACCACGUCGGAGAUGAAGUCCACGUCAACUGCACGUCCGCCCGCUCUCGCCCCGCCGCCUCCCUCAUGUGGUACAUCAACGACGACCAGGCCGAGAGCAGGUUCCUGGUGGAGUACGCGCCGGAGAACGACACAGACGGCCUCGAGACCUCCAGGCUUGGUCUCCGCUUCAUCGUUGGUCCUCGGCACUUCCCGCAGGGAGAACUCCGCCUCAAAUGCACGGCCACCAUUGCAGCUGUUUACUGGCAGAGUUCUGAAGAGUCCGUGGAGGGACAGCUGCCCCAGACUGGACCCGCCCUGGAGAGUAAAGGGGUGUAUACAGGCGACAGCGUGAGGUUCCUCCCCAACGCCUGGCUGGCUGCUGUGGGCGUGGUCGUCGCCCGGGCGCUCCUCCCCUUCCUCCCCCGCUCAUAGGCCUCCCUUCAUAACCCGCUCCCUUAAACCCCCUUUUCCCCCUUGGUAGUGUCAGCUGAACCUCGCUAGUAGUCGCAGCUUCGCCAGCGGAGAUGGGGAGGAAAAGGAGAUGAGAGAAAGAAGUAAAGGAGACGAAAGAAAGAGGAGAUGAGAAAAAGAAGUAAAGGAGACGAGAGAAAGAGGAGAAGGAGAUGGGAG